AUGUCGCGACGACAUGAUGAGCAGCGCUACCGCCGCCACGAUCAGUAUCACUGGCAGGAUCGUCACCACGGCGGCUACUAUCACCACCAGCACCACGGACAACAGCACCAUGCAUAUGGCUACAACCCGUACCCCACUGCACCUCCAACUCACCAUCAUCACCCUCAUCAUCCUCCGCACCCUCCUCCUCGUGGUGGGCUUCUGCCUGCACCUCCAAAACGAGACUUUGCAGCUGGAUAUCAGCACGUGUACGCUCCGCCACAUACGGGCCAUCCGCCGUUGAUCCCUUCCCAUCACCACCACCCUUACCAGCACCCACAGCAACAGCAGCGCCAUCAGCGCGGUGACUUCAGCAGAGAGCCACGCGACCACCGGGAUCUGCGCCACCAGCUCUCACCACGUGGUGGGCGCCCGCAGCAAGGGUCCCGCUCCAGCGAUCGCUUCGUGAGGGGAAACGCCCGAGACAUGCAGGCGGCCUGGGACUACGCCGUGCAUGGCUUUGACACCAUCUUCGACAAGCACGUCUUGAUUCCCCGCGAGUGCUUUGACCGCGCGCGCCCCGAGGACCUGUUCUCCCAUCCGGAGGAGCCCAUCGACCCAGAGAUGAAGCGGCUGAAAGAUCGGGGCAAUGAGGUCAAGAGCAGGCUCGACGAUAUGGAUCAAGAGGUGUGGUACCGGCUGUCCAAGCUGGCGAAUCUGACGCAGAAGGUCAUGCACCAAGUGCGGCAGCGGUGCGGCGGAGAAAUGUGCACCACAGCGUGGGUCAAGAUGUAUGAGAUGCUGGCGCACUACAACCUGCUGCCCGCCGACACAGCGCGCGAUGACAACGGUAGUGGUGGUGAUGAUGGUGUUGGUGGUGGUGAUGAUGAUGAUGAUGAUGAUGAUGAUGAUGAUGAUGAUGAUGAUGAUGAGGACGGGAAGAAGAGAGAGCAAGACGGUCAGGGCAACGAUGGCAGCAGCAGCAGCAGCAGCAAGAGUGGCGGCAACAGGAGGCAGCAGGGCCGCAGAGGGAAAUGCCGUCUCAACACCGUGCAUGUGUGCGAGGCACCAGGUGCCUUUAUCACAGCCACGAAUCACUACAUUAGAACGCGCUUAGAUGACGGUGAAAACAUCCAGUGGGACUGGACAGGCCUCUCCCUCAACCCGUACUACGAAUACAACGACCACAUUGAGAUGAUCAGCUCAGACCUGUUCAUCCUGCAUACGCUGAACAAUUGGUGUUUUGGGGCGGACGACACGGGGGACAUCACGCGUGGACAAAACGUCCAGUGCCUGUGGGACCGCGUUUCAAAACAUGGACCUGUGGAUCUGUUCACUGCUGACGGCGCGUUUGAUGUUUCCGCCAACCCUGGCGAGCAGGAGGCACUGACGUCGCAUCUCCAUUUCUGCGAGGCCGUUGCCGGACUUGGCUGCCUCUCGCCAGGCGGGGCCAUUGUGCUGAAGUUGUUCACGGCGUGCGAGCGCUCAACAGCAGCGCUCAUUUAUCUUGUCGGCUGCCACUUUGACGAGACGUACAUCUGUAAGCCCGCCACCAGCAAGGCAGCAAACAGCGAGACUUACCUCGUGGCAAAAGGUUUUCGUGGCAUUGACGCGGAGUUGAAGGAGCGACUGUUGACGUUCGUCCAGCCAGAUCCGCCAACCAUUGAUGGUCAGCCAGCGGCGCUCUUGUCCUCUUCAGUCCUGCCUGACUCCUUCAUGACGAAAUUGCGGACAACAGCCGAGUUUUUCGUUGACGCGUUUUGCUCACAGAUUGAGCACGUGCUGAAGCUCCACCGGCGCUGUGCAUACGACCACAAGCAGGCGAUUAUCCAGGCCCAGUUCCGCAUUGCAGAAUCAUUCAUCUCGCGGUUCAACGUGCAUGCGCUGCCAUCACCACAACUACGCAUCGUGCCAACAGACCCGCUCCUGCCCCACCGCCUGAAUACGGUUGCGCGCGUGUCUGAGGAGUUUGCGAGCGAGGUGAACAGCGGGAUGGCCGGUGCAACGCUGAGAGAGCGGCAGGAGGAGGCGAAGCGGCACGCAGCACGACGCAAGGCUGCCACCCGCAGCGAACACGGUGAAGGUGGUGAUGUGAUGGGUGAAGCUAAGGGUGACGUAAAGACCGGUGGUGGUGGUGAUGAUGGCGGUGGUGGUGGUGGUGAUGAUGACGGUGGUGUUCAAGAUGCUGUAGGCAAUGGUAGUGGUGGUGAUGGUGAGCCGCCAACAAAGCGAGCGCACGUUGAAGAAGAUGCGAGUGCAGCGGGAGCAACUGCGACAGCGCGAUCACCACAGCCACCACUCCAGCCGCAGUCAGCGGAUACAACAACAGGUCGGGUUGCAACACAGACGACACUUGACCAAACAAAGGCGAGCUCUCGACUCACUCACACCACCGCAUCGACUGACACUACUCUGGCGGGCACCAACAAGAUGGAUCGUCGUCACGAGGAUGUGGAGGAACUACAAUCUACCACAGCAACCACCACGACAACGACAACAGCAGCAACACCAACAGUGUCAGCAGCAACAACGAUGACAGCAGCUACAUCACCAUCACCACCAACAGCCGACGUUGGCGCGAUGGCGCAGGAGGCGGCGAAAUACGGCUCAUUCGCAGUGUCACAGAUCCGCAAGUUUGGCUUCCGAAGGGGACGUGGCAUUGGCAAGAACGAGAGCGGGCGGGUGGAUCCAAUUUCCAUCCAGCUGCGCCCUGCAAAGCUCGGCCUGGGUGCACGCGGCGUGUACGAUGAGGUUGAGGCUGCCAUUGGUGGUGACGACGACAGUAAUGGCAGUGGCUUGAUGGCUGGUGCCACAAUGGGGGCUGUUGAUGGUGAUGGUGGUGGCGGUGGUGGUGGUGGGGAUGGGUUUGGUGACGGUGCAGCAGAGGUGCGGCCCGUACUGUUGGAUGAUGAUGAUUUGGACCAGUUUUCCGUCCAUACGCACACGCCAGCCACCAGUUCUGGUGACGAUGGUGAUGGCAUUUGUACCAGUACGGUGAAGCCCACACCCAACCCUUCGUCGGAAACCACGUCCACCACCGUUACCCCCAGCACCAACUCCAGCAUUGCCACCCACAACAGCAAGAAGCACGGCAGUGGUGGUGAGGAGGAUGGCUCGGUGCACACGACAACUACCGGCAAGAGCGAGGGCAAAUAUGACAUGGUGUAUUGGGCGAAAGGGAAAACACAACAGCCAACGCACGAGCAAGAAGCAGCAGAAGGGGGAAGGAAAUUCAAGGAGGAGGAAGGAGAAAAAGACACGACAUCGAACAUGGAGACGAAGAACGACAACAAGGAAAGAGGACAAGAAGAGCGAAAUGGCGAGACACAAGAACAGCAGGUGCAGACGCAACCUCGAACGCAGGGCAUGCUCGGGUUUACUCGCGGUAGUGAUGGCGCAACAAGAGAAGGGCAACAGCAGCGUGGUGGAGCAGAGGACCGAACCAACACGACAUGCGGUGAAAGCGCGGACAUGGAGGAAGAAGAAGAAGAAGAGGAAGAGGAAGAGGAGGAUGAUGCUGGGCGGAACAUCCAGUAUUUUUACAACGACAGCAACCCAGCGCCCGUGACGCAAGAUGAAGUGUCACAGUGGUCCCUGACGGUGAAAUCCCGCGUGCCAGCCAUUACGCUCUCCCGGUUCUGUCGGCCUCGCUUGCUCACACAACUCAUGGACGCACGUCAGCGCAUGCUGCCAACCAUCACAUCGCUCUUACGCGGUGGUGAUGAUGGCGAAGGUGUUGUUGUUGGCGGUGGUGGUGGUGGUGAAGGUGACACAAACAGCAGAGGCAACAGCAGCAACAGCAGCAGCAACAGCAGCAGCAGCAGUGACAGGUGGGCAGCAGUGGGCGUGUCACGAGACAUGUGGGUGAAGCUGAACGCCGCGCGCGAGAUUCUGUUUGGACCCCAUGAUCCUUUUGAGAAGGUGCGUGCUCGCCUCAUGCGGUCACGACAGGCUACACAUGCUGCGACAGCAACAACAACAUCAGCAAGUACAGCAGCAGCAGCAGCAACAGCAACGACAGCAGCCACAGCAACAUCACCAGCAUCGUCAGCGAGCUCAAAUCAAGUCGUAGACACGGCGCCAGCCACACGCCCGUGGGAUGCCGAGGGUCACUUGGUCAUGAAGCAGCUGUGUCAGCGCCACAAGCAGUGGCGGUUUGGUGCUGCCGUUGCACUCGACACGCGCGCGCUCGCGGGUUGUGGCACGUGCCUUGCCGAGCAAGGCGUCCCAGUUGUUGGCCUUGCGGCUGAUGUGACCACUGUUUUGAUGCCGUCACAAUCAUCGUCAUCAUCCACAUCAACAUCAACAUCAACAUCAUCAUCAUCAGCAGCAGCAGCAGCACAGCUUGCGCACGCCACCGCCGCCCCUCCGCCAGUGUCAUCAGCAUUAGCAUCAGCAUCAUCGUCGUCGCCGUCUUCAUCUUCUGUGGCUCUGCAGCAACCCUGCCCAUCUCUUCCGAUUUUCUCUGUGGACACACCACCAUUGCAGCCCACGGCUGGCGGCUAUAACGUGAUUGCCAAGCACCUCAGUGCUGCACUGGAGAGGUUUCGUCAGAAAAUGCCUGCAGGCAACGCGACCACAGACACAGGGAAGAAAGUGGCGGGAGAAACACCCGCAAACAAAACAGAGGAGACCAGCUCACGAGAUGACGAAGAAGCGACGCGCGCUGGCACUGACACUGGUCCACGUCAUGGUGAAGAGUGUGGUGGUGGCGGCGGCAAUGGUGAUGGUGAUGAUGAUGGCGGUGGUGGUGUGAAAGAGAAGGAAUAUGAAGAGGUGCAGAAGGGAACAGACGAGUGGGGACGACGAAAACGACCUACAAGCAGAAGCAGAAGCAGAAGCAGACAUGGGAGUGUUGAGAGAAGGGGUGCGAGGUCUCGCAGCAGAGGCGGUAGAGACGAGAGGACAAGUCGGAAUGAUGACAGCAGGAGCCCAAGGAGACGUGGCAGAUCAGACCGGAGAGGGCACGAGAAGAGCAGAAGCAAGAGCAUUGAGAGGCGACGAGAAGACGAAGGCGAUCAAGGCCACGAACGAGAGCGACGACGAAGACGCCGACGCAGCAGCAGUAGUCGCGACCGCAACAGAGACACAAGUGGAAGCCGCAGCACUGAUCGACGCCGACGUCGCAGGAGAAGUCGGAGUUGGAGCAGAGACCGAGACAGAGAAGGGCGUCGAAGUAGGGAAAGAGGCAACGACAGAGACAGAGGCAGAGAUAGGGGAAGGGACAGGGACAGGGACAGAGAUGGCUACCGCGACGAUGGCUCUGUCUGUGGUGGUGGUGACGGUCGGGGAAGGCGUCCUCACGACUGUGUCCGCGAACGCGACUACGAUGAUCGUCGGACCGACCACCAUCACCAUCAUCGUCAUCGUCAUGAUGAUGAUGGUGAUGGUCGCUAUCGUCACCAGCACCAUCGCAGCCGUGACCGGUCCCCCCACCGCCGUUAUGAACAUGAUCGCAACCCCGCACGUCAUCACGCCACCAGCACUGCCACCAGCACUGCCACUGGCGCUGCGGCUGCUUCAUUGCCGUCACGGCACGCUCCCACGGGUCAACCAAGCGUGUAUGGGAGGGACACGUCGGUGUUGUGGUGCUUGUCGACACGUGUGGACGCCGCGCUGUUUGCGGGCAGCGGCAAAGGGCGAGUGGAGCUGGACGUGCUGCCAAAUUUGCUGCCACAGCUCGCCGUCAUGUUUGCUUGCAUGCACGAAGGCGACCACGCCCUCGUGUGUCUCCCGGACACGCUGUCUCGCCUCGGCGCCGGCAUUUUGUUCCUGCUGCAUCGGAGUUUCAAACGCAUCCGCGUGAUCAAGCCCACGCUCGGGUCGCCCGGCUACUCGCCGUCCAAGUUUGUGCUGUGCGAGCACAGCCUAGGCACCUCGCUUCCUCUCGCUGCACAUGUGGCGACAGCGGCACGCACAACCCAUGCAGGGACGACUAUCGAGCCAGACACCGACCCAGAGGAACGCACCACGCAACGUCAAGAGCAGCAAGCGCAAGAAGAGCAGGAGCAACAACAGCCAGUGCAGAAGCACCAACAGCAACAGCAAGUGCAGGAGCAACAACAACAACAACAACAACAACAACAACAACAACAACAACAGCAACAGCAACAACAGCAACAACAAGAUCAGCAGGCGAUGCAUCCUGGGUUGGGCAGCAACGAGGUGCUGGAGGUCGUGCCCAUGUCGGUGCUGUUGCAACAGGACCUGUAUCGGUUCGUGGUGCACGGCACAGAGCGGCUGAUUGGACGGCAGGUUGCAACCAUCACCCGCUUGCACCGCGCUGUCGUCAAGCACAAGCUGCGCACACGCAUGCAACGGAGGCGUGGGGGUGGUGGUGUCGUUGCCGGUGCAAAAUAG